CCUUCCCCGGGGGAUUUUCCCUCUGUAAGGCAUCGCCUCUGGUGAAGCAUCGCCCAGGGUCUUUUUCCUGCAGACCAACAUCUCUGGCUGAACAAGAUCUUCUGCAGUCCACCAUUGCUCAAAAAGAGCAGCCACAACCCUCUCCGUGCCCUAAAUUAGGGAGGUCAAUGCUACCCUAACCCAUAGAAGUAAAUGAAUUAAUAUUUGUUAAUAGUUUGCACACUAUAGUGUUCAAUAUCCUGGAAAAGCUGAGGAGGAAACUGGUUGUUCUGUUUUCAGAGCAGGUUUUGAGGUCUUGCACAAUUACGAAGCUAUAAGGCCCAAGUUCAAAGAGUAAGAAAAUAAAAGCACAUUUCGAGUAGCUGCUUGUUAGCUGAGUGAAGCCUAUUCUGUGCACUGAAUGGAAAAAAAUAGCAAGUGAACACGCAAUCAGAGACGAUCAUAAUGCGUAUGCACAAGGGGGCCAAAAUAAAAUGGCACAGGACAUCUCAGUUACGACAUUUCUGAACAUCUAAGUGCUUUGCUCUGCAAAUAGAGAGUUCUUUGAACAUAGGAUUUUCUCUCCUCCAGGGGUAGUAAUACACAGCCUAAAAUAUGGCCAGAUCCUUCUGCCACUUUUUUCUCAGAUGUCCCCAUUACUGGUGCCACUGAGAUCUGAAUUUGGCCAAUGUGAUGUUGUUCUGAUCAGUUUGCAAAGCAGCUGAUGUUCAAUUUGGAUGGAGUCUGUCUUUUUGUCUCUCUUGGUGUGUCUUGUGCUUAAAUAUAAUCAUUAGAAGAAUCUGAUAAAGCAUCACUUAAUGUUUCCCUCUUCCUCUCCCCCUCUCCCCGUCAUGUCGUUCCACAACCUUGUAAAACCUGAAGAGCGGGGAUGGCAGGAAAGCAUACACUGUAAAUAUAUGUAUUUGGUGACUGACUUCUCCUUGGGGCACUUGGACAAUUUUGCCCAGUGACCAAUGUAAAAACAUUUGUCUAAUAUAUCACCACAUCAGCUCCGCUGGCACUGGCUUGAAGGCAGUAGUGUGCGCCUUCAUGUGAAGAGGGGAUGGCAGGAAGAGCUGGAGGUGAUCAGUCAUCUUGGACAGCCAAACCUUGAUUAAAAUGCUCAUAUGAAGAAGCAAUAAACUCCUAUUUUGUUCCUGAAAUGAUCUCAUGAAUAGACAUUUAGUGACUGCUAUCCAGUCUUUUUGUCUCAGGCCUUAUCCGUCAGUUAAUAGCUGUUGGCAGCCCGUGCAGUGCAGGCGUUGCAGCUCUUGGAUCUCACAACUGAGCAUCAAGGUGCUGUGCGUGGAGCACACCCUAGGAGGUGAUGGUUGGUUUUGGCUUUCUUCAGCUAAUGCACUCUGCUUAUCCACGGCAAAACAGUGGAAAAACACCGUUCCAUGCAGUAUUCUGCUCUGGACCUACAGCGUCGCUCUGAGAGCCUAAAUAUCAGAUUUUAACAAUCGGAUGCACAAUUGCACAAAUGGUUCAGCAGCUCUGUUGCUGCAACAGCUUACGCAAGUUGGUAGUUGCCAUUAGUCUUUGAGACAUCUCUUCACCACUUGAACUCAAAGCACUUUGUGGACAGAGCUAUUAUCAUGGCUACAUUUCAGGCAGGGAAUUGGGAAGGCAGAAAGGAGAUGGCCAAGUCAUGCAUCAGGCCAGCGGCAGGGCUGGGAAUGGAUCCAAGGUCUCCCCAUUUCCAGCCAAGCCCUCCGUCCACCUGGGAAUAGUCUUGAACGAUGGGAUAAAUAUCUGAAAAUGUGACUUGGGAGACGGAAAAUGCUCUGUGCUGUGGAUUCCCACCCUGGUUGCGCUCCUCUUGGAUGUCUCCUGAGUUUUAUGAUGGCCAAGGUUUGUCUGUCUAGCUGCCUAGCUUGCUCCAGCUGGCAUGGGACAAGCAAGGUUAUUAGAGUGCCGGCUUUUGUAAUUAUGAUAAAGCGAAUGACAUUCACAGCACUUGUUUUGUGAGAGAUUCUUUUCGCUGGAGCAACAAGGGAUCAGCUAAUUGGAUUAGAGAUGGAGAUGCUGUGUUGGGUCUCCACUCCCAGCAGCGAGGGGAAGAGGGUUGUGUGGCGUCUUUGCCUGCCGGAUGGUGCCUGCACGAAACUGAGGCAUUUGCAGGCACGUUAAUGAUUUUUGUUUGACGGAGGGGUCCAAAGUGCCGUACCGCAAGCUGGGAGCUCUCCCUCAGGUUGCAACGUGGAUCUCAGUCCUUUUGAAGUCUCACCAUUGAGAUAGGUUGUUUUUUCUGGAAGAGUUGAAGUGCCCAAAGCCACCGAACUGAGUCCUGGCCCAGGUGCUCAGCCAAGUUCCCGUUCUGCUUGCCCAGGCCAGGCUGCAGGAGCAGGGUUCAAGAAGAGCGUGUGCUUCAUCCAGAAAUAUCUUAAACCUAUUACCUUUUCUGGACAGACUGUGGUCCCAGGGCUCUGAAGUUAAACUGCGUCCAUAAAGCUCUUGACUCUGGCUAACACAUAUGCCAACUGGCAGUAGCCUCACGCUUUUGUGCUGGCUGGGGAAAUGGUGACCAUAGAAAUCCGAGGAAACUCAAUUUAAAGCAGUAGCAUCACCCUGGAUUGAGGCAUUGAGAUAGAGGCACCUGUGGCAGGCGAGAUCCCACCGGUGGGAUGUUGCUCUCUUCUUCUGUGAGCGUGAUCUGACUUGUCAAAGGCAACAGCAUAAAAACCACACCAUCAAAAUUGCAUAUUGUUUGGUCUUGCGCCCGCAGGGAUCUCAGCGUCGACGCAGGCCUGACUCACGCCCAGUUCCAGGUCCGUCCGGUCCCCCAGCCCUAUCAGCAUUACUUGGCUACCCCGAGGAUGCACCACUUCCCCAGGAGCACGUCCUCGACGCAGAUGGUCGUUCAUGAAAUCAGAAAUUACCCUUAUCCUCAGCUUCAGCUACUUGCUCUUCAGGGCCUGAAUCCAAACAGGCACACAUCCGCUGUGCGGGAAAGCUACGAAGAGCUGCUGCAGCUGGAGGACAGGCUGGGCAGCGUGAGCCGGGGCGCCGUGCAGAACACCAUCGAGAGGUUCACCUUCCCGCACAAGUACAAGAAGAGAAGACCGCAGGAGGGCAAAGCUGAGCAAGAGGAUGGCGAGGAGUCAGACACUGACGAGAAGUGCACAAUCUGUCUGUCCAUGCUUGAAGAUGGAGAAGACGUGAGGCGUUUACCGUGUAUGCAUCUCUUCCACCAAGUGUGCGUGGAUCAGUGGCUGGCCACCAGCAAGAAGUGCCCGAUCUGCAGGGUGGACAUUGAAACACAGCUCGGCUCGGACAGCUGAAAGAACUGGCUGGACGCACCAUUUUUCCUUAUCAGGUCGUAUGGCCAUCAACCCUUGCAGCAAAAUUUUGCCUUCUGAGCCAUUUGAUUGAGAGGAAAAGUCUGCAGGCACGUUAGCGAGAAGGAGGAAUUGGCGGUACGAUAUCUAGCGGUAGGAGAUAUUGCACGUACAGGAUACUGGCCCAGUGAAAGGGAGCUGGCGUUCCCGGAGCUCAGAGACCCCGUGCUGCAGAAGAUUUAGUCUUGAACACGAAGGAACUAGUUGUGGUAGUCUGGCCUGUCAAUCCUGCAUUUCAUGAGGAUUGUAUAUAUACCUCUCGAAUAAGUAGAAACACGUUAGGGGUUCUUUAGCUAUUUCUAUGGAUGGCAGCUGGAGCAUGUUAGCUUAAGAAAUGUUGUGUUUGAUGCCCUACUCAUCUUGUGGUGGACAUGUUGCUGUUACCUAAUUUGCACCAAAUAUUUUUCCAUAGAUUCCUUAUUUUGGUGCCUGAUUAAUACAUUACAGAGGGGGAAUAGAAAGGUCGAACUUUCCCACCCUCAGGAGGGAAGAGGCGAAAAAGCAAAAUCCUGUUUACAGUCAGAAGGGUUGCGCUCUUUGCCUCUGUCGCAUGUACUUCCUUUCCUUGUGUUUACAGUGUGUUGCAAAUUAAGAGACGCCUGAAAAAAAAAAAAUUGGGAAUGAAACGAAUGAAGCAAUAGGGAAACGCUUCGUUCCUGCUUAUCUGCUGGUGCUGGACACUUUCUGUAGGGGCACAAUAUUGACAUGCAUUCUGUUUCUUUUGUUUCUAUAUCUUAAUGAAGUAGCUUGACAUACCAAAUCGGAGGAAGGCCACGGGCUGUCUUUAUGAUUGUAAUUUUUCAUACCACUUUCUCCUGCGAGCUGUAAGGCCUGUUGGCUUUGGCGGCUGUUGCUGGCGCUCCACGUUUCCCCCGCCGUGGCGUGGACCCCUGCGUGAUGCAGGACGCUGUAUUGACCCAUUACCGUGCUUGCCACGACGGAUGCACCGCAGCGCGGGGCUGUCCGUGCAUUCGAGGGCUCCUAGACUCUUUGCCAGUCAAAAAAGAUGAUUAUAGGGGUCAGCUCCCGUAGCUGUGCUUUGGAGUAUAGCUGCUCGGAAAACACGCUAGGAAGGUGAUGGGCGAUGCGGGCCUCCUUCUCUGCAAUAAGAAAGCACAAGCCAAUCCGCAAGCUAAAGGUGGUGUUCAAAACGGAGAAAACUCAACCCGGCAAACUUUGUGUGAAAUUCCCAGUGCCGCGGUCCUUUCCCCACGUCCCUCUUUUCUGGUCCCCAGAGGGACGGAGAGCUCUCAUCUUCUGCACGUUGCCUCACCCCCGGCAAAAAAUUGCAGCGCUUGAGGGCUUAGAAAGAAUAAGAGAAGAAGGAUGCAGCUCAGGUGAAAUUCGGAAGUCUAUUUUUUUGGAGUUUUUUUAAUCCACUCUGGCUCACGGGCUGCUGUGGAAAAUCUCUCAGAGCAGUUCUGAUAACAGGCUGGGAGAAAAAAGGGAAAAUUCUCGUUGUCAGUAGGAAAAUGCUGACGACAGGAGCAUUUCAGCGCAGGAAGGGAACACAGUUUUAAAGGAGGAUUUGCUGCUUUCUAGAGGGGCUGGAUUUUAAAAUCUUGUGAGAGUACGCGUAUCUAUACACACAUGCAUUUUUAUAUAUAUAUAUAUAUACACGUAUUUCACUCUGCAUCCAUACGGAGCACAGAGCGACUAUUAAAAUGAAACCAGUGCUAAUUUAUCUGUCUCAUUACAAUCAUGCACAAAAACAGAGUUAGGAAUUAGUCCCUGAAGUGCCAAAGGAGUGGGGCUUUGCGAUCCAGGCUCCUUUUGAAAUCCCGACUGCAGACUACUAGCCACGAGGCCUUGGCUGCAGCCCGUGUUAGAGCUGGCCUCUCCAGCCUCUAUCCGAAAACCCGCCGGAGCAUCGGCGUUUGCAACCGAAAAGCCUGUUUGUUUGGGUUUUUUUUCUUUUUUAUGAUGCUUUUUUUUUGUUUGUUUAAUGUAGUAAGGGAGCAAAAGAGAGAUGCAGAGCAACAAGGAGAGUUAAUCAGAAACUGUAUAUAUUUAAACACUUAUGCGGAGGGGAUGAUUUCUGGUUCCGGCGAGCACCCGUUUCGCUGGAGCCCAGCAGCGCUCUGGGAGCAGAAAGGAAAGCGGAGGUUACCGCCGGCGAGAUCGCGGGAGUGCUGUGAGCUGGCGUUGCUGACCCCCGAGGCCCGGGCUGCGUUUUUCCGCUCGGGAGGACAGGG